UAACCACCGCGCUGAAGCCGCCCUCAGCAUCUCCUGGUUUCUCAAUCACACACGCUCUCACACACCCAUUCUCUGGAAAGAUGGUCGCUAUAGAAACAUCACCCAACUCGUCUCCUUCGGCUGAAUGGGUCGGCUGUUUGGAUAAAAGGCCUGUGGAGCGUUCAGGAGAGGAUGUGGAUAUUAUUCUGACCAGACUUAAAGGGGUUAAAGCCUUCCAGAGGUUCCACCCCUCCCUCCUGCUGCAGAUAUGCUCCUGUGCCUUCUACGAAUACCUGGAGAAAGGCAUCACCUUGUUCCGCCAGGGUGACAUAGGAACCAGCUGGUAUGCUGUUCUGUCUGGCUCCCUGGAUGUCAAGGUGUCAGAAACAGCCAACCACCAGGUAAAUCAGGAUGCUGUCACCAUCUGCACGCUGGGAAUCGCGACGGCGUUUGGAGAGUCGAUUCUGGAUAAUACUCCUCGCCACGCCACUAUCGUCAGCAGAGAGACCAGCGAACUGCUCCGCAUCGAACAGAGAGAGUUCAAGAGUCUAUGGGAGAAGUACCGUCAGUGUAUGGCUGGCCUUCUGGCCCCUCCCUAUGGUGCCAUGGAGACUGGAUCCAACAAUGACAGGCUGACAGACAAAGACGGUUCAGAUCCUCUCAACUUCAUGAACAAGACUCUCAACAAGGUUCCAUCAGAGAAGCUGCAGCGAGGGGGGAAGGUGAUGCGGAACACCAUUCUCUCCAGAGCUCCUCACAUGAUCAGAGACAGGAAGUACCACCUCAAGACAUACAGGCAGUGUUGUGUAGGUACAGAGCUGGUAGACUGGCUGGUGCAGCAGAGUACCUGUGUACAUACUCGCUCUCACGCUGUGGGGAUGUGGCAGACUCUGCUGGAGGAGGGAGUCCUGAACCACGUGGACCAGGAGCUGGGUUUCCAGGACAAGUACCUGUUCUAUCGUUUCCUUGACGAUGAGGAGGAGGACACCCCAUUGCCUAGCGAGGAGGAGAAGAGGGAGAGUGAGGAAGAGCUGCCUGAGACAAUCCUCUUUCUCGCCCAGAUGGGACCUGACGCCCUGCUGCGCAUGAUCCUCCGCAAACCUCCUGGUCAGAGGACAGGUGAUGAUCUGGAGAUCAUCUAUGAUGAGCUGCUUCACAUCAAGGCCUUAUCCCACCUCUCCAACACUGUGAAGAGGGAGCUGGCGAGUGUUCUCAUCUUCGAGUCUCAUGCUAAAGCAGGAACCGUGUUGUUUAACCAGGGAGAGGAGGGCACAUCCUGGUACAUCAUCCAGAAGGGCUCUGUCAAUGUGGUCAUCUACGGCAAGGGUGUGGUGUGUACCCUGCACGAGGGAGAUGACUUUGGGAAGCUGGCGUUGGUGACUGACUCUCCUCGAGCUGCCUCCAUCGUCCUCAGAGAAGACAACUGUCACUUCCUCCGAGUGGACAAGGAAGACUUCAACAGGAUACUCAGGGACGUAGAGGCAAAUACAGUGCGUUUGAAGGAACAUGAGCAGGCUGUUCUGGUCUUGGAGAAGAGUCCCAGAGCGUCCAGUCUGGGAAACAUCAGGUACACUGUCAUGUCUGGAACCCCUGAGAAGAUCCUAGACCACUUCCUGGAGACCAUGAGGAUGGACACACACCACUCUGACCCAGACCCUGCGGUAGAUGACUUUGUCCUCAUGCACUGUGUCUUCAUGCCUAACAGCCAGUUCUGCCAACUACUCAUGGCACACUACCAUGCGGUGGCUCCCCCGGGUUCGGAGCAGGAGAGGUUGGAGUACGCUGUGACCUGUAAGAGACGAGUCCUCAAUCUGGCCCUGCGCUGGGCUGCAGUACACAAACACCACCUACAGGAGGAGCCAGCAGCACUCACAUUCCUGGAGGAGCUGUAUGGGAGUGUGUCCAGUGUGUCCAAUGACUCACGGAUCCUCAGAGCUCUGAAAGACUUUGUACCUGACUUGGAGAAGAUCGUCAAACUACAUUCAGAAGAGGCCAAACUGAAAAAGCAGAAGGUCCUUCUUAGACAGUUCAGCAACGGAGACGAGAGACUAGCGAAGACACAACCCAUCAGGAACUGUGAUGACAUCCUGUUGAAGGUGUACUGCAGUGACCACACCUACACCACCAUCCGGGUUGCCGUGGCAGCCACAGGGAGGGAGGUGACCAGCGCUGUGGCCAACAAACUUGCCUCAAACGACGACCUGCUAUUGGUCCACCUCAGCUCCGCAGGCGAGAAGCAGAUGCUGAAGCCCAAUGAUGUGUCAGUAUUCUCCUCUCUGAGCAUCAACGGGCGUAUGUUUGCCUGUCCCCGGGACCAGCUCAAUGCUCUGACCCCUCUCCCAGACCAGGAGGGGCCCUCAGCGGGGUCCAUGUCCAGUUUUGAGCUGAUGAGUUCUAAAGACCUGGCCUAUCAGAUGACCCUGUACGACUGGGAACUCUUCAGCUGCGUUCACGAGCAUGAGUUGUUGUACCACACGUUUGGACAUCAGAGCUUCAGGAGAACCACAGCCAACCUGGACCUGUUCCUACGCAGGUUCAACCAGGUGCAGCUGUGGGUGGUGACGGAGGUGUGUCUGUGUGGUCAGCUCAGCAAACGGGUUCAGCUGCUCAAGAAGUUCAUCAAAAUCGCUGCUCACUGUCGGGAGUUUAAGAACCUGAACUCGUUCUUUGCCAUUAUCAUGGGCAUGAGCAACCCUGCAGUCAGCCGACUCACCCAGACCUGGGAGAAACUCCCCAGCAAGUUCAAGAAGUUUUAUGCUGAGUUUGAGAGCAUGAUGGACCCGUCCAGGAACCACCGGGCGUACCGGCUGACUGUCACCAAAAUAGAGCCACCAAUCAUCCCCUUCAUGCCCCUCCUCCUCAAAGACAUGACUUUUAGUCACGAGGGCAACAAGACAUUCAUAGACAACAUGGUCAACUUUGAGAAGAUGCGGAUGAUAGCAAACACCAUCCGGGCGGUGAGACACUGCAGGAGUCAGCCGUUCAACCCUGAGGUGUGUCAGCCCAAUAAGAACCAUGCUGAGGUGAGGGGUUAUGUCAGGAAGCUGUGUGUGAUAGACAAGCAACGGACCCUGACAACGCUCUCCUAUAGGCUAGAGCCCCGCAGGACCUGAGCCCUGAGCCUGCCCACCAUGCAAUUUUUACCCUCUAUGACAUCAUACAAAACCCUCAGCCUCUGUAUAAGAUCAAAGGUAACUUUCAUUGCUAUGACAUCAUAUGGCUUCAUUGGGCCUCUAUGACAUUAUAUGGAACAGUCAGAUGUCUAUGACAUCACAUGGAAUUCUUAGCCCUCUAAGACAUCUUACUGAACCCUUAGCCUUCUAUGACAUCACACAGAACCAUCAGCCCUCUCUGAAAUCACACAGAACAGUUUGCCCUCUGUGACAUCAUAGUGAACCCUCAGCUCCUCUGUGACAUCACACAAAAUCUUCAGGUCUGCUAUGAAUCAUAUAGCACCCUCAGCCCUCUAUGACAUCACAUAGAAGAGAGAUGAUUUAGAGAUAAGAGACUUGAUUUCUCUAUGUUACUUGUAAGGUUACUGUAAAUGUAGAUAGAAAACUGGAAGUAUUUAAAAAGUAACUGAAAAAAGUCACAACUAGAGGUUUUAAGUCUUAUUUACAUAUUACCGUGUUCCUUACUAUGAGCAGAUGUCAAAAAUAUGAAAAAGUAUAAUGUUACAAAUACCAAGAUUUACAUAAAGUAUUAUAGAGAAACAAAACCCCUAGCUUUGUUACGCCAGUGUUCUGAAAACUGUCCUCAAGUUCUUGUUUAUUUUUGCAUUAAAGCACAACUCAUGUAGCAUAUUGUUAUUCAUGUAAAAUCAGUCAUCUUUCUCAGUUGUGUUCUUUGUAAAUGUGGGUACUGUAUAUUUAACUUGUCCUAGAUCUUGUUUUACCUCAGGACCUCAUCAUGAUGUCAGUGUGUUGAGAGCGUAUAGUCUGUCUGAACUGUAAAU